AUGAUUACCUCUGCAAAGCGGAAAGUCCUCGAUGGACUGAAUAGAAGAUAUAUCUACGGUCGCGUGCCACUCCUGCACACGAUCAUAUUCCUCAUCGAGAUGGCUGUUGCUACGCGGAUUGCCACGAAAUUCAACUCUUACUAUGCUGAGAAGCCAGUUCUCACGACGAUGGUCACCAACGCUGUGCUUGGUGGCGUCGCCGAUACCGUUGCACAGUUGAUUACCGCCUUCCGGUCUCGAAAUGCUCAACGGUCCCACGAGAACGACUUCAUUUCGAUAGAAAUUCCCGAUUUCGAUAAGGGAAGGCCACCUGUGAUCGGAGAGAUUGGGGCUGGAACAUACUCCCCGGCGCCAUUCGACUUUGAGCGUGUCACGAGGUUCAUGGCAUACGGUUUCUUCAUGGCUCCAGUCCAAUUCCAGUGGUUUGGCUUCUUGUCUCGGGCAUUCCCUCUCACCAAGGUGAACCCUAGUGUUCCGGUGUUCAAGCGUGUUGCCUUUGACCAGUUGAUCUUUGCGCCUUUUGGUCUGGCGUGCUUCUUUACCUUCAUGACCAUUGCAGAAGGAGGCGGCAAGAGAGCUUUGACCCAGAAGUUCCGGGAUGUAUACUUGCCGACGUUGAAGGCCAACUUUGUACUUUGGCCGGCAGUACAGAUUCUCAACUUCCGAGUCAUUCCCAUUCAAUUCCAAAUUCCUUUUGUUUCGUCUAUUGGUAUUGCGUGGACCGCAUACCUCUCACUCACUAACUCCGCUGAGGAGUCUUGA